AUGACCAGCCAGCCUAUGGAGACCUUGGGUCAGUGGAAAGUUACCGUGUGGGAGGAAGAAAACUUCCAGGGCAAGAGAUGUGAAUUCCUCAUUGAAUGCCCCAGCAUUAUGGAGCGCGGAUUCCGCAAAAUCCGUUCCAUCAAAGUCGAAAAUGGCCCAUGGGUUGGGUUUGAGUACCCAGAAUUCCAGGGGCAGCAGUUCAUCCUUGAGAAGGGAGAUUACCCUCGUUUUGACGCGUGGAGUGGAAACAGUGGCUACAGAACCGAACACCUUCUGUCCUUCCGACCUGUGAAAUGCGCAAAUCACAGCGACAGUAAAGUGACUUUAUAUGAAGGCGAGAGCUUCCAGGGCCGCAAGUUUGAGCUUAGUGAUGACUACCCCUCCCUGCAGGCCAUGGGUUGGUGCUCCAAAGAGGUGGCUUCAGUCAAGGUCAACUCCGGAGCGUGGGUAGCAUACCAGUUCCCCGGCUACAGAGGCUACCAGUAUGUGCUGGAGAGAGACAGACACAAUGGUGAAUACAGGAACUACAAUGAAUACAGCACUCAGGCUCACACCAACCAGAUCCAGUCCAUCCGCAGGAUCCAGCACUAAGGACGACGCACAGCCCCCGGGCAGACCCCAACCCCAUCCAGCGACCCACCCGAGCCGUGG